UUUCAAUAUUCACCUUGCAUCUCUCUCAUCUUCAGCUUCAUCGCUGUCUUUGUACAUUUAGGGGCUCUUUCUCUGGCAUCUGGGCGCUAGGACCCUCCUGCUGGUCACUCAAGUUUCUGCAACUACUUUCUUCUCCUCUUAUUCCCUUGUUCUCUCUCGUCUCUCUUCCUCUCUCGGAUCUCUUCCUUCCCGCUUCGUUGUAACGUCAGCUAUCGCACCGCUUGACCUGGAAUAAAUCGACCGUCACCUACUUUUUGAUAUCGUCUUCUCCUGUCGUCGCUGGACAGAAGCUGAUUACUAUAACUACGAUGUCUCUAUGCCAAAACCGCCUCGCGGAGGAGAGGAAGCAGUGGCGACGGGAUCACCCGUUUGGUUUCUACGCGAAACCUCAACGGUCUCCUCAGGGGGUGCUGGACCUCAAGCGCUGGGAGUGCGCCGUGCCGGGUAAACCCAAUACCCUGUGGGACGGGGGCCUGUUCAAGCUGGAAGUCACUUUCCCAGACGAAUACCCCACCAAGCCUCCGAAAUGCAAAUUCGUCCCCCCGCUCUUCCACCCCAACGUCUACCCCUCCGGCACAGUCUGCCUCUCCAUCCUGAACGAGGAAGAAGCAUGGAAGCCCGCAAUCACCAUCAAGCAGAUCCUGCUGGGAAUCCAGGAUCUGCUGGACGACCCGAAUCCCGAGUCCCCCGCGCAGGCCGAGGCGUACAAUCUGUUCAAGAGGGACAAGCCGGCCUACGAGAAGAAAGUGCGGCAGGUUGUGAAGGAUAACCCGCCUGUUUAGAUAUUAUCCUCCUGGCUGGCUGGCUGGUUGUUGAUUCCUAUCUCCCUCUUCGUUUAUUUUAGCAAACCUCAGCGUGGCGUCUUCGAUUUCUAACCAAUUGAUGGGCCAGUGAAUGGCGUUUAAAACAUUUGACGUAUUCUUUCCCCCCUGUUUAUCUUGUUUUCGCGCCGAAAGCAGGCGGUAUUACUCAGUAUUCAAGCUUUCCUUGAUAUUUCCGUCUCCAUGUGGCGUGUGUCCAUGGCGCCCUCCAUAGACAGCUUUAAGUGGGACCAAGCUGGGGAUUGUGGAAGAUUCGAGAGAUAUUGCCACAGUGACUUUAGCAUGAUGAAUC